CGGGACAUGCGCCUCAGACCGCGGGAAGACGUGAACAGAAGGUCGCGCGAAUAGCUCCCUCGAUUUUCGUUUUUCUUUGAUACACUUGUGAGAUUUUUUUCUGUAAACAAACGCUUAAAAGAUGAGACGAUCUGCAGCACCGUCACAGCUACUGAAGAGAGCACAGUUCAGACCUCCUUUUGCCAAUCAGCCACCAGCCAAACGACCUUGUCUUGAAAGGCCACAUUCAGCUCAGGAGAAACAAUCAGAAUCUCAGGAAAGCGAAGCCCCACCAGAGUCAGCCUCCAAAGGACCCCUUCGAACCACAUCAGAUAUUCUAUCCUUGUUGAAGAAGCCCCAGAAUACCCAAGCUGGUAAUCAAAAUGAUAAACCUAGUAACUUGUCAUCAGGUGCCUCUGCAGUCAAUUACCCUUUAAGUGAAACAAAUAGUUACAGAGCCCCAGGUUUGUCCUCAUUCAAGUCUGUUGGGCUGAAACCAGGAGGAAGGCAAGCAUCCAUGGGUGAAAGUUUGGCCCAAGGAGGCACAGAAAAUGAGCAGCCACAGGAAACAAGGUAUUUCUCUGUUGUAUGGUGCAAGCUAUCACGCAAGAAACACAAGAAUUGGGAAGGAGAUGCAGUUCUCAUAGUGAAAGGAAGAUCAGUUAUACUUAAGGAUACUGAAGGAAAGGAGAUUGGUCGUGCAUCUGGGUACAAGAUGACAGAUUUAGCAACAUUAGAAGAGGGAAACACCCUUCCAGUUGGAGGCAAGGAAAUUGAGAUUCAAGGUGUAAUUAGUGCUGAGAGCUACGCAACUGGACAGUGCUUUAUGGCAGGAGUCAGCCAAGCCUCAACAGUUCCUGCUUCACCAGCUGUUGCCCCACGGCCCAAGCCUAAACCAUUUCGCCUUCCCACCCUUGGACGUGGUCCCAGUCGUGCUGGUGGACCACAAAUGGAGUGCAGUAGUCUCUUUGAUCCAACAAAGCCUAAUGCACUUGUAAUGCCAAGACCUCCACCACAACAUCAGUGGAAGCACAACUGUGCUAGUGCUCCUGUGGUAGAUGUUGUGAUUGAUCCCUACAUUAGUGGGAAAUUGCGACCCCAUCAGCAGAAUGGAGUUAUCUUCCUGUAUGAAUGUGUCAUGGGAUACAGAUUGAAUGAUAACUACGGAGCAAUUUUGGCUGAUGAAAUGGGACUUGGCAAGACCCUACAGUGUAUCACCUUGGCAGAGGAUUUCAUCAAACAACAACACUCAGCUGUGAUGAUUAUAUCUUAUGAAAUGUUCAUGAGAUGUGCUGAAGUAAUUGACAUUUACAAUUUUGACAUAUUGCUCUGUGAUGAGGGACACAGGCUUAAGAAUGCCAAUAUCAAGACAACUUCACUACUCUGUAGUUUGAACACCAGAAAAAGGAUCAUUCUAACAGGAACUCCCAUUCAGAAUGAUUUGCAGGAACUCUAUGCCCUAGUAGACUUUGUGAAUCCAGGAGUCCUUGGUACAUCCUCCUCUUUCAGACGAAUAUAUGAAGAACCCAUAAUUGCAUACCAGCAACCGAUGGCAACAGAUAGUGAGAAGGAAUUAGGAGAAACACGGGCAGCUCAGCUUAAUAGGACUACAUCCCUCUUUAUCCUCAGACGUACACAGGAAAUUAUUAACAGGUAUCUUCCAUCUAAGGUUGAGUACGUAGUGUUCUGCCAGCCCUCUGAAACACAGUUGAUGCUUUAUGAUGAGAUUGUUGGGUGCAAGACUCUUCGACAGUGUUUGAAUAGUAGUGAUGUGGGAGACCAUCUGUCGGCCAUUAUGGCACUUCGCAAACUUUGUAACCAUCCUGCACUUUUAGCCCAAGAUAAUGAGCAACAUUCACACAAAGAAAUGGCGAUGGAAUUAGCCAGUUUGCUUCCUGAACACAUAAAAUAUAACCAGUUUGAUGAAGCUGAUAGUGGAAAAUUGGCUGUAGUGUCAUGCAUUCUAUGGUCACUUGCUGAAGCUGGUAAUGAGAAAAUUGUUCUUGUAUCCAACUACACAUCAACCUUAGAUAUGCUGGCUAUUUUAUGUGAGCGCUACAACUAUCAGUACUUGAGACUCGAUGGUUCAGUCCCAACAGGGAAGAGGCAGGAACUGGUGGACAGAUUCAACAAUAAGUAUUCUAAAGACUUUGUCUUCCUCUUAAGUGCAAAGGCUGGAGGAGUUGGUUUAAACCUUAUAGGAGCCUCAAGGAUCCUUCUCUAUGACAUAGAUUGGAAUCCUGCAACAGACCUUCAAGCCAUGGCACGUGUGUGGAGAGAUGGUCAGCAGAAAAAAGUAUAUAUUUACAGGUUGUUAAUGACAGGAUCUCUAGAUGAGAAAAUGUAUCAGAGACAAGUUAGAAAGCAAGGACUGAGUGGAGCCGUAGUUGAUGCUCGUGACUCCGAGCGAGUUCACUUCUCCACUAAAGAACUCAAGGACUUGUUCACACUUCAUUCAAACACUGCCUGCCUAACACAUGAUAUGCUACAGUGCUCUUGUGAUCUUACAGGCAAGACCAUUGCAUUGCCAAACCCUGAAGAAAAUACUGAACCAGAGAGAUCUUGUCAACUUGGAGACCAUGGCCAGUACAGAUCCAGUUCUAACACUACAAUGGACCAGUUACAGAAGUGGUAUCAUAGUGCUGCACCUUUCUCCCCAGAGAUUAUAAGUGAUCCUUGCUUAGAGGCUGCCAGUGACUUCAUAACUUUCCUCUUUCAUAGUGUGUCUGACAGCUCAGUGAAGGAGAGGUCUGCUGUUCAGACUGAAGCUUAAGAAUGGACCACAUUAUUAUUUUGUUUUGGAUAUAUAGUAUGGAAAGGUAACUGAUUAAGUAGAUAAUAAUAUUGUUGUGGUAAAUAUCAAGCUGUUAUUCUCUGUACCUUAUGUUAUCAUAAUAUUAAUUAAAUCAAUUAAUGUUUGC